AUGGGAUUUAAUGAUCCGCAGUCUAAGAAAAUAAAGUCUAAGGAAACAGAGUUUAAAGAAAUAGAGUCUAAGGAAACAGAGUCUAAGGAAACAGAGUCUAAGGAAACAGAGUCUAAGGAAACAAAGUCUAAGGAAAUAGAGUCUAAGGAAACAGAGUCUAAGGAAACAGAGUCUAAGGAAACAGAAUCUAAAGAAAUAGAGUCUAAGGAAAUAGAGUCUAAGAAAAUAAAGUCUAAGGAAACAGAGUCUAAGGAAACAGAGUCUAAGGAAACAGAAUCUAAGGAAACAGAGUCUAAGGAAAUAGAGUCUAAGGAAAUAGAGUCUAAGGAAACAGAGUCUAAGGAAACAGAGUCUAAGGAAACAGAGUCUAAGGAAAUAGAGUCUAAGGAAACAGAGUCUAAGGAAAUAGAGUCUAAGGAAAUAGAGUCUAAGGAAAUAGAGUCUAAGGAAACAGAGUCUAAGGAAACAGAGUCUAAGGAAAUAGAGUCUAAGGAAAUAGAAUCUAAAGAAAUAGAGUCUAAGGAAAUAGAGUCUAAGGAAACAGAGUCUAAGGAAACAGAGUCUAAGGAAACAGAGUCUAAGGAAACAGAGUCUAAGGAAACAGAGUCUAAGGAAAUAGAGUCUAAGGAAACAGAGUCUAAGGAAACAGAGUCUAAGGAAACAGAGUCUAAGGAAAUAGAGUCUAAGGAAACAGAGUCUAAGGAAACAGAGUCUAAGGAAACAGAAUCUAAAGAAAUAGAGUCUAAGGAAAUAGAGACUAAGGAAACAGAGUCUAAGGAAAUAGAGUCUAAGGAAACAGAAUCUAAAGAAAUAGAGUCUAAGGAAUCAGAGUCUAAGGAAACAGAGUCUAAGGAAAUAGAGUCUAAGGAAAUAGAGUCUAAGGAAAUAGAGACUAAGGAAACAGAAUCUAAAGAAAUAGAGUCUAAGGAAAUAGAGUCUAAGGAAAUAGAGUCUAAGGAAACAGAGUCUAAGGAAACAGAGUCUAAGGAAACAGAGUCUAAGGAAACAGAAUCUAAAGAAAUAGAGUCUAAGGAAAUAGAGUCUAAGAAAAUAAAGUCUAAGGAAACAGAGUUUAAAGAAAUAGAGUCUAAGGAAACAGAGUCUAAGGAAAUAGAGUCUAAGGAAUCAGAGUCUAAGGAAACAGAGUCUAAGGAAAUAGAGUCUAAGGAAAUAGAGACUAAGGAAACAGAAUCUAAAGAAAUAGAUAAGGAAACAGAGUCUAAGGAAAUAGAGUCUAAGGAAAUAGAGUCUAAGGAAAUAGAGACUAAGGAAACAGAAUCUAAAGAAAUAGAGUCUAAGGAAAUAGAGUCUAAGGAAACAGAGUCUAAGGAAACAGAGUCUAAGGAAACAGAGUCUAAGGAAACAGAAUCUAAAGAAAUAGAGUCUAAGGAAAUAGAAAUAGAGUAUAAGGAAAUAGAGUCUAAGGAAACAGAGUCUAAGGAAACAGAGUCUAAGGAAAUAGAGUCUAAGGAAAUAGAGACUAAGGAAACAGAGUCUAAGGAAAUAGAGUCUAAGGAAACAGAAUCUAAAGAAAUAGAGUCUAAGGAAUCAGAGUCUAAGGAAACAGAGUCUAAGGAAAUAGAGUCUAAGGAAAUAUAG